CAAAAGUCUCAUACACCAGUUGUCUUCAACCUCCCUCCCCUCUAGCUUUCUCCCCACCACCGGGUGUUUCUCUCCCUUCAAUUGAUUUCCCUUCUAUUUUCCUUGUACACUACCUACCGCUUGCGCGACUAUUUAGAUGUCAGCUCUGUAACACCAGCGAUAUUUCCCUCCCCAGGUCUGAGGCUUUUCCCUCUCCCUGAACCUGUGCCACCCCCAAAAAAAGUAAUGAAAGCAUUCAUCCCCAAAAUGUCGCGACGACCGGCAUCCGACACCUUUACACGCUUCACAUCUACGACUCCACAUGCCACGACCUUCACUUAUCAACCUGCCUCCCGGCCGGGGGGCAGGAACGCACCCUCCUCACCGUCGCCCUCCUCACACCCUUCAUCUCCACAAUCUCCUCCCCCGCAACCAGCGUCUUCCUCGAGAGAAACGCCGAUGGAAAGAGUCGCCCGCCUCCGGGCCGCGCACGAGGCCGCAAAGAGCUCCGCAGGGUCGUCCCCGAUCGACCGCCUCAUCUCCAGCGGGCGGGUCAUCGCCGACCGCGCCCACCGCCUCACCGCGUACGGCCUGAUCCUCUUCUCCGGCCUCGCGGUCUGCGUCACCGCGUACGGCACGAUCUCGCUCGUCGCCCACUCAAGAAGACAAAAGCGCGCGUGGGUCGAGAGGGAGCUGAACAGGCUGGACGAUGCCCGGCGGGCGUUCCUCAAGGGCGAGGCCACGGCGGAACAGUUGCAUCUCCUCGAGCAAGAGCGCGCGGGGCAGGAGAUGGAGGCCGCCCGGAUGAAAGAGGCGGAGAGGAAGAAGGAGGACGGCUACUGGAGCAAGUUGAAGGGGUUGGUGGGUGGUCAGAUGGCAAAGGGGACAAUGGGGGAGGAGUCGGCCGAGGAGAAGAGCCGGAGGGAGACCAGAGCGGCGUGGAACCAGAGGGGACUCAAACCAGGUGACGACGAACUACAACCUGCUUCUACGGGGCUUCCGGUGAUGGAAGCCGUCCAAGUUGCGCCGAGCGGCGUCCAGGGCGUGGGCAUCGAUUCUAAAGGACGCCCUGUACCCGCGAAUAGGGUCGAAUACAUCACCAGGAAAGCGGAAGAUGAGCCCCCAAGAGCCGAAAAAGACCUUGGCGCAAGACCGGCAGCUGUGGGAGGACCGUUGGAUGUCAUGGCCAGUAACGUGGCGGGUGCUGUUGCAGGGCCUUCGACAGAAGGAGGAAGGAGUUGGCUCAGUUGGAUUAGGGGAAACAACAGCAAAUCAUAGACGCGUGGAAAUGGGGGGAGAGAUUGAAAAGCGAUUGAGCCCUGAUAUCGCAGGGCAUCUCAGACAUGUCAUUUGUACAGCUAUUGUAGGCGGCGUGCACCUGUGUAGAAUGGAGCCGCACAAAACUCUCAGAUCAAAAUUCCCUCGUCUCAAACGAGCAGUGCGCCGAACCGUGCUGCUUGGAAGCUCAUGGUGGCUUUGCAAGUUCUCCGAC